UACGAAAGCCCAGCAGCAGUUGAAAACACAGGAUAAGUUACGUUACAAUAAAAAUGCAAAUGAGAACAAAAAUAGCUAGCAAUGCAAAAGUAAAGACAAAAAACAGAACAAACAGGGCAAACAAAACAAAUGGUUAAAACAGUAUAAAUUAUAAAGCUGUCCUGUACCUUUACAGUAUAUUAAAGUGCAAACAUGCAAUGCAUUUGGAUCUGAAUUCACUGUGACUGGCUAGGGAUAAAACGGCCGCUAAAGGACUGACAAGGUAUGUUUCUGGUGCCGCUGUGGUCACUGUGUUGACAGGGUUUGAUCAGACGUCCUGGAGAUCCAGAAGCUUCUAUUAAACAAGGAAGAGUGCAAGAGCAUGAUGGAAAAGACGUAUAGAGAGGGAAAUGAAAAACAGAAAUAAGCGUAUGAAAAGGGAUUGCAGUCGACGAAACAGUAAACAAAGUACAACUGCUCUAGGAAUGAGAUGUAAUGUUACCACUACUACUGCAACUGUUACUAGAAAGUAAUACUGCUGCACUUUAAGUAAACAGCAAUGCCAAAGGCAAUCAGUACUGAAUCCGUGCACAUGAGAAAUUGUGUUUUAAAUCAGUGUUCGUGAGGGAGAAUUUCAACAGGGCAUCAUUGCACAUAUUUGAUCGCAAUGUUGUUGAUGAAUCAUUCUAAUCUUCCCUUCUUGCUUGACUAGCGUGGGCGGGGCUUGGGCUCUCCUACAUAUAUAGUUUCAGGUGGAAUAGUGAGCAUACACAAGAGACAGUACACACGAACCCUUCUUUCUUAUUACUACAAUGGGAUUCAAUAUUUGAUAUUCCACAGGCCUGGAAAUUACCUGAGAUCAUGAUUGCAUAGUAACCCGGUUUUUCUUCUAACAGACAUCGUGAUUUUACAGCCAACUGCUAACUGCACACACAGACGCACCAAAAUGAACUGUAGCAGAGUCCUCCCCGUAUUUGGUCCUACCCCCCAACAGCCCAUGGACCUGGCCAUGCAGCUCUGCCUCUCCCAGACCCAGCCCCUUUACCACCUGCUCACCAUGUCGACCCUCCGGCCCCUCAAAACCCUGCGCGAGCCCUCCAUGGACCCGCAGCGACCCGACCGGCCCGGCUCUCCCUUCUCCUCCCUCUCGUCCUCCCCCAACUCCACCCCGUCCUCCUCGCCCGACUCCUCGCUGACCAUGGAGCCGCGGAGCUCCCUGAAGAGCUGCCUGCGUCGCCGCGGCGGAGGCGCCGUCCGGAAGCGGGUGAUGUUCGCCGACGCUUGGGGACUCGCCCUCGCCGAGGUGCGACUCUUUGUGCCCGAGCCCGCCCAGAACACUGUCUUUGGAACUCUGUCGAGGAGCCGCCACCAGUUCAAAAACAACCAGCUCCCCUGCUCUCCUUUGGCGGCGAAGCCUCAGGUGCCGGCGGCGAAGCCUCAGGUGCCGGCGGCGAAGCCUCAGGUGCCGGCGGCGAAGCAACAAGUACCGGCGGCGAAGGCUCAGCUCCCGGCGCCGUCGCCCGCGCCGGGCUCCCCGUCGCUCAACACCGCCACGGGGAAGCGCCGGCAGUACCAGCUGAAACUGGCCUCCGCGUUGCCCGCCCCGGACUACUCCUCGGGCCUGAAGGACGCCCGGGUUCAGCUGGAGAGCUGCAGCGUGACCGAACGCGGCCUGAUGGGCACGGUGCGCGUGGCGUGCAGCAGCGGCGGCGGCGGCGAGGAGCGGGUCGUGCACGUGCGCCUGACCUUCGACUCGUGGAGGAGCCACCGGGACGUGCCCUGCACCCUGCUGCUGCAGAACUGCGGGAACACGCAGACGGACGUGUUCGCCUUCCACGGGCCGCUGCCCCGGGCGCUGCUCGACCCCCGUGAGGGAGUGGAGUUCUGCCUCUAUGUGCGGGUCCAAGGAGGGGGCGGGGCCAAGGUCUACUGGGACAACAACGCGGGGAAGAAUUACAGGGUGGUGUGCAUGGAGAGCGAGGACUCCAAGCAGAUGCACUCGCGGACUGCCAAGCCUGGGUCAGCGCUGUUGCCCACCUUGUCCUCGUCCUCCCCCUCCUCCUCGCCCACCCUUGCUAUGAAGAACUACAUCAACCACCGGUCCAGUUGGAGUGGAACUGCAGGCAAUUGGACUUCGUUCGACCGCCCUGCUUGCCACUCGCUAUAAAAAACAACUGUUUUUAUUUUUUGUAAGGCCCCUUGGGGUUAGAUGUCGGAGGCUUUGGGUCAUUUCAAUUCAAAACGCAUAAAGUGUCAGCAAACGUGAAUGAGGUGGAACCAAAACGGAUUGGGAAAAGUUGUGAACUAUUUGCGACGCCACAAACUUUGUAGGGAUGAGUUAUUUGAAUGAAGCAUAUUACCGCAUCAACGGUCAAGAAAACGGAGUGGGCACUAACGUGGUGUGGGAAAAAGUGAAGGGAAGGAGAAAGUUAUGAUGUGGCACAAACAACAUCGUAGGCGUAGUCAUUUAAAUUCAGCGUCUUAAAAUGUAAAGUGUGUGAUUCAUUGUGAUUGGAAACAAAUUCUGGUACAUUUAAGCUGCAAACAGCUUGCAACUCUAAAAAUGAAGCAGAUGUUAUUCAAAUGCAAUGUCUUACCAUAUUAAUUGUAAACAGACAAACAGAAAUACAAGGGAAAAAAGUCCUGGAUGGAAGAUGAGUUUGCAAGUGUUUGUGGCUUUGUGAGACAGAAAUAUAUUGUUUACAAUGACGUAUAUGAUAUAGUCCACGGCACCUCUACAUAAGGUAGCUAAUUAGACAGAGACCAACUUCCUGCAAUAUGUGAACAUUUGUUGUUAUGUUUUAUAUAUGUAUUUAUAUCGAUAUAUCUAUAAUAAAUAAUUUAUUGCUCUUUAAA